AUGAACAUUCUUUCACCCUCUCUUUCUCUCAUCUCGCUCGCUACACAUAGUCCUACCUUUCCCUCUCACAUUCCCAGUUCCUUUCUUUCUCUUUUUCUUCCGCAGCUUUACGGACAAUUUCAUUUUUUGGAAAAACUGCCAGCAGACAUCGUCGAGGAAGUAAUGGAUUUACUGGAAAAUGUCCCGGAUGACAACCCGUACGAUAGACUCAAGGAAGCAAUUUUAAAACGGACCGGUGCCUCGAACGAAGCCAUGCUACGCAACCUUUUCACUCAGGUUGAAUUAGGAGACCGCACCCCAUCGCAGUUAUUGAGGCACAUGCGAACCUUACUGGGUGACAACAAAAUGUCCGAGAACAUAAUGCGGAGCUUAUGGCUGGACAAGUUACCCACUACAACAACACAAAUCCUUGCACCCAUGACGGAGGAAACGCAGACAGAAAAACUCGCGGACAUUGCAGAUCGGAUCCAUGAAAGUUUUCGAAGCCGCAGGGUAAACUCUAUCCAACCACAACCAGCCCAACAAAGAGACAGGGAAUUUAACGACCUCAAGUCUUCUGUAGGAAGGUUGUCUAUACAAUUACAAGGCUUACUGCAAAAAGACCGACAGUACCGCCGCGAUAAAUGUCCAGGCUACAGAAAGCGAAGUUUCAGCAGAGGCCGGACUGACAACCGCAAUCGAAAAGAUGAAAUUUGUUACUACCACAAAAGACCCGGCAGCUUUGCUAAGCGUGCCAAAAUAACAUGGCGAGGCAACCUUAGCAGGCGUUCUAAAAGAGCCUCUGCGGCAAAGAGAAGGCAGGAGGAGGAAAUCGAGGUAGAGGCCUCUUUGAGGCUUUCCAGACAAUCUCAACGGAGGCAGUAUGUUUUGUCACAUGAAACGCUUGGUGAGCGUAACUACCGUUUGUACUUCAAAUCAAUUUACACAUAUUCGUUUAAAAGUAAGAGGAAACUAUCUAAACGCUUGCAAGACAACAAAAAAGCGGCUUCAUCACAAGCGCUUCUGCGGUCUCAACAGAGCCCGCAUCGAAAAGCUACUCGUAAGGCAGCCGACGCCGCUGCAACUUCUAUUCGACGGUCCCAGGAGACCAUAGCUGAGAAAACCGCACGUAGUUACAACGCUCCCGCAAUUAACGAAGUUUCUGUCAUUGUCAGCGGUGAUCAGCACAACAGACGUGAAAUUGUUACGGCAGUGGGCUCCGAAGAAUCAGUAUCAUCUUCAUCAAAGCCGGCAACGUUUCCCUCAAUUCAUAGUAGACAUGGCUGCUAA